AUGACUGCUGAAAUCAUAAAAGACAUCUCCGUGUCCAGCUUCCCCCAACCCGACUCACCUGUCUCGUCAGCACCAGAAAACGGACAGCUGUUAUUCAUCCGAAACGUCGCGGCCAGGAGGGACACACAGACCACAAGCGGCAGUGCCAACCUCGAGGAGGGCAGCUCCCAGCCCCUGGUAUCCUCUUCAACCACAGCUGAACCCCAGUCGUACACCAUGACAUCGGGCGAAUUCAUGCAAUCCACGCCUCUGUUCGUGCAGAGGUCAAAGAAGAACCUAUUUUAUAAGAUCCUGUGUUUCCUCGUGCUCGUCCUCCAAGGUGGCAUGCUGGAUUUCUACCUCAUCGUCUUCACAGAUCUCUACUGGUGCUCGUGGAUAGCCACGGAUUUGGUGGUUAUAUCGGGAUGGGGGAUCUUCUUCGUGAAAAACGCCAGGAGCAAACGAGAACGAGCAUGUGGCUUCCACCAGAAGAGCUCCAUCUUCGGUUGCAAUCUUGGAGAGUUCACCUUCGCAUACCUGGCUUGGCUCAUCUACGUUAUCGCCUCUACCCCGAAAGUGGUGCUCGUUUUGGAAACAUCCAUCCUGGACCUCAUCGCACUGAAGGUGCCGUUCGGCAUCACCGGUUUCAAAAUAACAAUGCUGCUCUGCGCGCCUUUGCUUUUCUGUCUCAUCAACUCUAUCAUUGAAGAUCCCAACGGUGCCACGCGCUUCCACUCCCAAGGCUGCUUCAUGAGCACCUGCAUAGACCUCCUCGACAGCUUCACCCUGGUGGAACUGCUCCUUAAGAACGAGAUACCCAACCUUUACCUCAAGUACACGGUGAUAUCUGUGUAUUUCAUCGCACUGGGCGUUCCCGUUAUAUGGCUUUACGAGUUGACGGCCUCGGAGAUGAACUGUCGCUGGAUCUGGGCGAGGUUCUUCACCGGCGUGCUGGUCAACGCACCGUUGCUGGUGGUCAGAUGUUUCACCGUCUUCGUUUACAAAACGCCCAUAUCGGUUUUCAUGUUCAAAAACAUGUUUUUUUUGGUGUGCAAGUGCCUAGAGCUAAUUGAGCAGUGCGUGUCCUUAAAAGGUGUCCGGAGGUUCGCACGUGGACGGGGGGGCAACCCAGCCCAGUUCUCCCAUUGCGUUUCGGAAAACGACAUGUGUCCUCACGGCUAUGUGAACACGCUGGCAGUAAAUAAUCAGUCUUAGAUGCGCUCAUUAGGACAGGCGUUUACCGGAGGCCACUUACAUCAGUGCAUCAGUCCUUUUAAGGGGAGGUACUACAGGUGCAAAUGUUAAACACCUUCCUUUUUAUAAAAAAACUUACUUGACAUAAAUGAAAAUACA